AGCGUGCCUAGUUGGCGUCGGUGUUUCCCUUUACUCCACUGGGGCUGCUGCGAUUGGACAGAGCGCAUGUGCCCUCAAAUCUUGAGCACAACCACCGCCAUAAGGGCGCUUGAUAAUCUGAUUUCUCCUGACCAACCGGCCAGGCCCGUCAACACAAAAUGUUCUCCACCUGUUCCCCCAGCUCCUAAAAUACUUCCACAUUAUCCACCUCCUCCGCCCUGUCCACCUCCUCCAAAUCCACCAAAGCUUACCCUUAUUUCUCCCAAUUGUUCGCCUUAA